AUGUGGACAAAUUAUAUCAAAAAUCGGAAGCCGGUCGUACUAGACGGAUUCCCUGACGAUCCGGAAUGGCGCGGCGAACGAUGGACUGACCUGGCUUAUUUACGAGACGUUUCCGGUGAUGCAAGUGUCAAGGUUGAGCCAAUCCACCCAGAGUUCAAAUGCUUUGGUACUUCAAUGCCUAGGAAGACUAUGAAAUUCGGACAGUUCCUUGAUCUCGUGCAAGAUGCAAAACAAGCUGGUCGAUAUUACCUGACAACGCAGUACGAGGAAAACCGGGAUGACAGUGAAUCGGAUGAUAAUGAAUGGCCUUCUUUAGACCCGAUACUUCCAUCUCCGACUCAUACGUUAAAAAGCGAUUUGCCAAUGCGUCCACGCAUUCUAGGGGACUUGGUAUUGCAGCAAUGCAACUUCUGGGUUGGCAGUGGCAUGGAGCCCAAAUCGUCCGGGCUUCAUCAUGAUUUCCACGAUAAUUUAUACAUUCUCUUGUCCGGACACAAGCGGUUUGUCCUCUUUCCUCCUGAUGCGUAUCCUUACUUGCAUCUGCGCGGACAUGUGGAACAAAUUCACAAAAACGGCUUGCUUGUGUAUGAGGAAGCCGGAAGAAUUCGACCAGAUGGAUUAGAUGUCUUGGAUGCUGCGCACUGGCGCUUUGCGUCCCGUUCUCAUCAAAUGGGUCAAAGGAAAAAGCGUCGGUCCACGAAUGAUGAAGCGCAUAAUUCUUACGCAGAGGCGAAGAUGGCUUUGCAAGAGCUGAAAGCAAAUUACGAGGAGGACGAUGACGAUGACAAUGACGAAUCACUUGAUGAUGACCAGGAAGACGAUGAUGAAGGCGGUGUAUUGGAUUCUGUCUCUGAAGCGGGUAGUGAACUUAACGUCUGUGAUGAUGAUGAACAACUCUUGGCUGAUUUAGAGUUCAAAGAACAAGAACCGCCAAGCUUCUCACGCAUCCCAACCAGCGUGUUGCACAAGCACUUUGGCAUUGAGCCACCUAUUGCUCCUUCUAGUGCCGAAAAAGAACACAUUUACUUCCUCUAG